AAUUAGCGUUGUGGAACAAUGGCGUCGAGAAUUUCGAAAUGGUUCUGUUUACCGCGUCGACUUUAUUCGAAGUCGCACUAUACAGAGUUACCAGCGGACACGUUCGAAGGCCGGAUCGUUCACAAGUCAAAAAUUCGGAAAAAAGGCGAAGCCGCCCCAACGAAAUAUGGAGGCAGGAAUAUUGUUACUAUGUUGCCAGGUGUCAACCCAGGCCCAAAAUUAAUGUCUUACGUUGAAGAUGUCUAUAAAACAGCCCGCGUUCCAAUCGAUUUUGAGGUAAUUUCGUAUAAUGGCAGCGAAAAUGAACAAGAAACCAACGUGUUUGCCCAGAUGGCCAUCACAUCAAUGCAUCGAAAUGGGGUUGGGCUGAAAGGAAAUAUAGCUAGUCCAAAUUUGGCCAUAUCCUCUAACGUUGCGUUAAGAACUGAGCUAGAUUUGUUUACAUGUUUGGUACAUGUAAAGAGUUACAAAAAUAUAAGGUGUAGAUAUUCAAACCUAGAUUUGUAUAUAUGUAGGCAAAACACUGAAGGUGAGUACGGAAUGCUGGAACAUGAAACGAAACCCGGACUAGUGGAAAGUUUAAAAAUCAUCACCGCAGAAAACACAGAAAGGUUUGCCAGGUGGACGUUCGAUUUUGCAUUGAAAAACAAUCGAAAAAAGGUUACCAUCGUCCAUAAGGCCAAUAUUAUGAAACUCUCGGAUGGCUUAUUCAUGGAGGUUGUCAAAAACGUGGCAAAUGAUUAUCCGCAGAUAGAGGUGAACGCUAUGAUUAUUGAUAAUUGUACCAUGCAGCUGGUCCAAAAGCCGCAUAUAUUCGAUGUGAUAAUUACCCCUAAUCUCUACGGUAAUAUACUGUCGAAUAUAGCAUGUGGACUUAUCGGAGGACCUGGACUGAUGUCAGGUCAAAAUUACGGAGGCACUUGCGCUUUGUUCGAAGCUGGAUCUCGUCAUCUCACUUUUUUAGAUGAAAAUAAUUUGAAUCCGACGGCUAUGCUUAAUGCUUCCGUAGAUCUGCUUCGAUACUUAGACAAAGACGAACAUGCGAAUAUAAUAAACGACGCGAUUACUCAAACAUUAUCAAUCGAUAAAAUUCAAACGCCCGACAUAGGAGGUACCCACAGCAGCGACGAGGUAGUGGACAACAUAAAAAAACAUGUCAGGGAAUCGUUGAAAACUUCUAACAUUCGAGCAUUUUAAACUUUACAAGUCACAGCAAACAGAGUCAUCGUCAUUAACUGUGCCUAAGUUCAGCUCUACGUGAAGUGUCAUACUUCAUAGACUCUGACAAUUAAUCCGCGCAAAAGAUCUACGUGUAAGGUUUCGUAACUGUUGAGAAAGAUUUGAAAUUACCUUCACCUUUACCGAAUACUUUAUAAUCUCGGCGGAUUGCAUUUUGUCGGUAGUAUUAAGCAUAUUGGUUAAAAAUUAGUGUGCUAGAAAUGGCUAGCAUAGGAUAACAUAAUAAAUAAAAAAAAUCUCAAAAAUGUAUAUAGUAGAUAAGCUUUGUUGGCGACUAUAUAAAUCUGUUAUGAAUAUAAUUUUCAUUUUCUUUUAGUUCAAUUUUUUCUUUAACAGAAAAAAAAUGUUUGAAUCAAAUAUUUUUAAACCAAUAGUUUUAUCAAGUUAUAAAAGGUAUUUAUAGCAAAUAUAAAUAUGUAUACUUACUACAGAACCAGUUCAAAUUAAAUAUAGUAUGGACCAACUAAACUUUCGAUGAAUUGACGUUUCUCGUGUACCCAACAUGAGAACUAAAAGUGGCUAAAU